CGGAAAAUCGAAGUCUUUCGAUCCUGUAGUGGACCAAAGAUAGGUUCUGGCUUCUUCUUCUUCCUUUUUUUUCUUUCGACUCCAUUCCGAUCAUCUUCAGUUUGAGCAUGGCCGAAUCUAGCCGGCCAAUCCAUUCCAGCAUGGUGCCGAAUGAUUCUGCUGAAAAGCCAAGUGCAAACGUCAUACCAGCGAAGAAAAAACAAUUUGGCCUUGAACAACCUGAACUAGUCUUCUAUGCACCGUCAGAUAACUUUCCUUAUAAGCUGAAGGGAGAACCGCAGAUUCUAGAUAUAUUACACAACACCGACUGGAGCAAAACAGUACUUGGUCCAGCCAAAGACUGGUCCAACAUCUUGGUCAAUUCAAUUCGACUUGCCUUGGUAUCGCGAUUUGCAAUGUGCAUAUGGUGGGGUCCAGACUUCAUGCAAAUGUACAACGCAAAAUAUGGCGCUUUUCUGGGCAAACGGCAUCCAAGAGCAUUUGGUCGGGAUAUGCGAGAAUCAUGGCAUGAUGUUUGGGAAGACAUAGAACCUUUGAUAUAUGCCGUAAUAGACGAUGGAGAAUCUGUCUUUCUUAAGGAAGGUCGUUAUUGGAUGACUCGGUUUGGAUGGAUGGAAGAGACCUACUUUACCUAUCAGUACUCUCCAAUCCAUGAUGAUGUCCACGACAAGCCUAUUGGCAUAUUUCACGUAGUGACUGACGAAACCUCAAAAGUCUUUUCAGAGCGAGACAUGGUGACUUUGCGAGAUUUGUCGGUUGGAACCAACGCCGCCACAACAUACUCAUAUUGGAAAAGAGCGGUUGCAAAAGUGUUCAAAGUGCCAAGCAACUGUACAGAUGUGCCUUCCAUUGACUUAUACGAAAUCGAUAGAGAAACCAAUCAAUUUCGGCGCAUUAUUUCAGAAGGAUGCCAUGCAGAGCAGCCACGACUCCAAUUUCCGGAAACUGUCCAGAUCUGGGAAGAGUUUCAAUCUCACCAUAGCGAUACAUUUAGCGCAGAUAAUAUGAAAAUCCCUUCGCACAAACUACGCGGUUCUUCAGCAUCACUUGUCUCCUCAACAACAUCCGAUUCCAUAGAGAACAAAGAGUCAGUACGGAAAUCACUGGAUCCAGCCACGGUCAUUAAGAAUCGACUAACAAAAGCCAUGAAUGACUGUUUUGUACACAACAAAGAGACACACCUGACUUUACCAGUGGAGACCCUGCCUAUACCCAAUAUCACCGUCCCUGAUAGUGAAAAGGUAUAUUUAUCGAAAACUGGGCCUAGUGCGAACGCUGUGAUUUUCCCCAUACAUGGAUCGCCUCAGGACUACCACGAUAUUAGCUUAAUUGCGGUAUUAGCCACAAAUCGAUUCCGCAAAUAUGACGAGAAAUAUCGAUCAUACUUUCAACUACUCGUCAGCCAACUUAGCGGUAGUCUUGGUACAACGUCAGCCAUAGAGGAUUCUGAACGACGAGCCGAUGAAUUAACAGAAUUGAAUCGUAGCAAAACCACCUUUUUCUCUAAUAUUAGCCACGAAUUUAGAACGCCGUUGAGUCUUAUUCUCGGACCUGUUGACCAAGUGCUACAUGAUCCAACGCUUAAUCCGAAAAGCAAAGAAAUGGCAAAAAUGGUACAACGCAACGCCAAUCGUCUGCUUAAGCUCGUCAAUACAUUGCUACAAUACACACAACUCGAAACCGGAAGGAUGCGAGCUCAGUACAAGCCCGUUAACAACCUACCUGAAACCACCAGAGAAAUUGCCAGCGCAUUUGAUACCGUCGCAGUUCGUUUCGGCCUUCAAUUUGUCCUUGACUGUCCGUCUUGGGAAUGGUCCGAGCCGAGCAAUCGAAACUAUGGUCCAGAUGACACCACGGCAUUCGUUGAUGUUGAUAUCUGGGAGAUAAUCAUUCUCAAUUUGCUUUCGAACGCAUUCAAGCACUGCAUUAAAGGUUCAGUACGGCUCACCCUACGAAGGCAUUUACGACCAUCCUCAUCGUCGCCUACUGCCGCCAUUUACCGUAAUCCCUUCAUCACUCCCAGCCUCGCUUCCUCAGAUACAGUCACUCCCGAAUCAGUUUCGUCAAUAAGUUCCAACGUAUCAUCAGCCGGUUACUAUGAACUCACUGUUGCCGAUACAGGAAGCGGUAUUGCAGAAGAGGACAUUAGCCGUAUCUUUGAUCGUUUCUAUUCAGUUCGCAGUACUGAAUCCAGAUCUCACGAAGGCAUCGGUAUUGGUCUCAGCUUCAUCAAAGAUCUGGUCGAAAGUCAAAAGGGUAUCAUCACCGUUGACUCAACAUUAGGCGUCGGCUCAACUUUCACCGUCAAAUUGCCAUUAGGCUACCGACAUCUCAACCCUCAUGCAGUCGUCCGCUCUGUUGACGACAAUGAUUCUGUAAGAUCACCGUCUAACAACCUACCAGUCAUAAAGGUCGACACCCUACACAAGAAUACAGUCAAUAGGAUGAUGCCCAAUAAUGGCAAAUUGUUUGUAGCAGAAACCGCAGGAUGGAACGACUUUGACGAGCAUCCCCAAGAGCCCUCUCAGCAUCCUGAAGAAACCCCACUUGAACCUUCAACACCAUCUCAAUUAGUGACCCCAGCAAUGGAGUCUGAAGACUACGUGAAUCACCACGCCGAUAUCUUUAAGCCGACCGUUCUGGUUUGCGAUGAUAACACGGAUAUGCGCUCUUACAUACGACAUACCUUAAUAUCCAAUUUCAAUGUCAUUGAAGCGUCAAACGGACAAGAGGCGCUCGAUAUUGCUGUCAGAUUGGCUGCCUCAGAAGCAUCCGAGAUGUCCAUGCAAGGGGAUGAUGCGGUGCCUCGAAGGCGGAUUGAUCUGGUGUUAGCCGACGUCAUGAUGCCGGUCAUGGAUGGUAUUGAACUUUCCAAAAACCUUCGUGCCAACCCGUUCACUCGAACUCUUCCUAUCAUUAUGUUGACUGCUCGUGCUGCUGCUGGUGACAGUAUGAAUGGACUAUUUGCCGGAGCCGAUGACUACUUGUUUAAGCCAUUUGAUGCCCAGGAACUGAUUGGCCGUGUCACAACACACAGCAAUCUUUACCGUAUGCGACUGGAGUAUGCGGAUGCUCGCAACAAAAUCGCAGUAUUGGAAGCUGCCAACGAUGCAAAAUCGAAGCUUAUUGCUCUAGUGUCUCAUGAGCUUCGCACCCCGCUUCAAUCGAUCAUUGGAACCGUCGAAUUGCUUCGAGAAGGAGCACAGUUUGAAGAGGAGCGCACGGAUUUGGAUAACAUACACUAUUCUAGUCACGUUCUUUCUGCCUUGAUAUCGGAUAUCCUUGAUGUCGCUAAAAUUGAUGCUGGAAACUUCGUUUUUGAGCCUGCUGAUUUCAACCCCCGUAUUCUUGUUCAGCAUUGCUGCGACAUCUUGACGGAAAAAGCAAACAGCAAGGGCUUGGAUUUGGUAUGUCACAUUGACCAAGGUAUCAUAGAGCGCGCUAAUCAAGACCCCGCCCGUAUACGACAAUGUAUUAGCAACAUGCUCAGCAACGCUGUCAAAUUCACCGAAAAGGGGUACGUUGCCGUGAAAACUUACACCCGCCUAUCCUUCAGCGAUGGCAGAGCCUCUCGUCGAUUCGUUGCUUCAGAGUUGGAGUCUGAGGAUAGCUGGCCAGAUAAAAGCUCAUCAAAGGGAGAUCCCAAUGCCACAGCUGAACUUGUUGUUGAAGUCGAAGACACUGGUAUUGGUCUAGCACAGGAGUCGAUGCAUGAGAUUUUCGAACCUUUCUGUCAAGCAAACACGUCCUCUACUAGACCUUAUGAAGGCAUUGGUCUUGGCCUGGCCAUCACUAAACAACUGGUUGAAAAAGCUGGCGGUGAAGUUGGCCUUGUGUCGGAAUUGGGCAAGGGUAGUACGUUCUGGAUCAUAUGGCCCAUUUCACCACCUUUGGCGAGCUAUCGAACGCCUGGGGAGGACUCUACGUCAGACGAUAACAUUACUCUGACCGACGACGUGAAUGUGCCUAAAGACAUAUCCAUCUUGAUCGUGACCAAGAACCAAGUAGCCGCUUUGGCCGUGGCGGAAAACUUAAUAUCAGCCAACAUUAAUGGAAUAACCACUACGACCGACAUAAACCAUGCUAUGCAGUUGGUGUCAGAGGCCAAAAAGCCUUACGAUGUUCUCAUUGCCGAUUCUUUCUUGGAGUCCCAAUGCAUUCCACUGGUUCGAAAGUGCAAAGAAAACAAGACAUUUGUUCUGACCAUCGUUAGUCGAGGUCUUCUUCGAACUCUAAGCAAAGGGCUCAAGGAUCUUACCGACGAAGUCAUUGCACGCCCAGUUCAUCGUGCCAAUUUGCUGGACAAGUUGAGCAAACUUUCAAUAGAAAAGCGAACUCGAAAAAUUUCCAUUGCAGAUCAACACAAAUCGUUUCUUGGUAAAUUGGAAGCCUCGUUGCAAAAGCAUAUUAUUGCAAGGACCGACGAACAAGAAGUUCCAUUAUCGCCUGAGUCUAUGACCUCGCCUGGUAUAGGUAGCAGAGCGUCAUCCAGCACACUGGUCGAAGAAUCGUCGUCGAAUGCUAGAGAUACCCUCACUCCACGAAGGCAAUCUUCUGUGCGCGCUCCAGGUGUCAUCAAGGGAACCAUUUUAGUGGCAGAGGACAACCUCAUUAAUCAGAAACUGCUCAAGAAACAACUACUGAAGCUAAACUACGAAUCUGAUGUCGUUGGUAAUGGAUUUGAAGCGGUUAAUAUGCUCAAGACGGGCAAGAAGUACAUUGCCUUCCUCUGCGACUGCAAUAUGCCACAAUGCGAUGGGUUUCAAGCGACUGCUAUCAUUCGUGGUUCCGAGGAAAGCUUCAGGAACAUACCGAUUCUUGCAAUAUCAGCCAAUGCUAUGGCCGGAGAUCGAGAAAAAUGUUUGAACGGACAAAUGGACGACUAUAUCAGCAAACCCCUCACCAUUCCUCAACUUGGAUCUGCACUUGAGCGAUUACUUAGUAACUCAAAAUAUUGAUCCAAGGCUUAGUUAACUAGACUACAUGUUGGUUCAUGGCUCGUAUUUAAAGUAACAUCUACACUUCCAGCGUAAAAAUUUUGGGUCCCAAGUGAUUUUCUAUUACGCAUAAUAACCAUCACUGGUACACACAUUCAUGUCACUUCUCAGAAUGUAGCAGCACAUAGAAAUUGCAAUUAAAAGAAAAACGAGAGAUUUAUUACUUGCAAAAGAUGAUCGAACGCCGAGGACGGUCCGAGGUAUGAUCUCUUACCGGAA